ACACUGCUGCGCUAGUCAAAGCGAGCGCUUCGAAUUUGAGGAAGCUGGUAUUUCUCCCAACGUUUUUUUCAGCCAGCGCAAGUGUGUGCGGGACCCGACGUGACGCGGUAGUGAGGGCUGGCUCUCUCCACUCCGGCAGCAUUCAUAAACGGAUAUGAUAAACCAGCGCUGAAUGCACCGGAGCCGCGACGACAGUCAGCCCUUACCAUGGCGGAAGAGGACGACGCAAGGAUUCGGGUUUUAAAGAGCCUGCGGGGUAAAAUAUGUGAAGCUAAGAACCUGGGUCCAGUCUCGGGCCCAAAUCGACAAAGGGAUCUUUGUACCUUUUGCACCAUAAGUCUGGAUCAGGAGGAGGUUUUCCGCACCAGGGUGUUUGAUAAAAGCGUCAGCCCUUUCUACGGAGAGGAUUUCUAUUUUGAGAUCCCACGCCCAUUUCAGUGUUUAUCCUUCUAUGUUUAUGCCAAGAGCGUUUUCCAAAGGGACCUACCUGUUGGCAAAGUGUCAAUUCGCAAGGAUGACCUACGUACAUACAAUUCAAAGGAGCACUGGUUUGGCCUUCAGCCAGUAGAUCCAAACUCAGAAGUCCAGGGUAAGGUUCACCUGGAGAUGCGACUUAAUGAAGUGAUCACGCAGAACGACUCAGGUCAACAAUUACAAGUCCGAAUAAUAGAGUGCAAGGAACUACCUUUGAUCAGUGGACAGAACUGUGACCCCUACGCCACGGUGUCACUCAUCGGACCUGCCAGGUCUGAUCAAAAGAAAACAAAGGUUAAGAAGAAAACCAGCAACCCUUAUUUUGAAGAGACAUUCUUCUUUGAGGUCACACGGUCCAGCAGCUACUCUAGAAGGACUCAGUUCCCAGUGGAAGAGGAGGACAUUGAAAAACUUGAGAUCAAAGUUGAUGUAUGGAACAACGAGAACCUGGCUCAGGAUGUGUUUCUGGGGGAAACGCGGGUCCCUGUCAAGAUCCUGCGAAACGACCACAUCCACAAAGCCUGGUAUCUCCUCCAGCCUAAAGGGAAUGGCAGCAAGUCCAAGUCCGAUGACUUAGGAUCGUUGCGUUUGAAGCUGACCUACAUUGAAGACACGGUGCUGCCGUCUGCCUGCUACAUACCACUCUGCAACCUGCUGCUCAAAUCCCCGGAUGUGAAGCCCAUCUCGGCCUCAGCAGCGCACAUCUUAGGGGACAUCUACAGAGAGAGAUACGAGGUCGUCCUGCCCAUGGUUCGUCUGCUGCUACACCACAAUCGCUUUGUGCCUUUUGUCUCUGCUGUGGCGGCACUGGACCUGGACAACACUCAGGAGGCUAACACUAUAUUCCGUGGUAAUUCACUGGCAACGCGUUGCAUUGAUGACAUGAUGAAGAUUGUGGGAAAGAAUUACCUAGCAGUUACCCUGAAGCCUGUAAUAGAUGAGAUAUGUGAAUCCAACAAAACGUGUGAGAUAGAUCCCAUUAAACUAAGGGAAGGUGACAAUGUGGAGGUCAACAAGGAAAACCUUCAGAUGUACGUACAGAAAGUCUUCUCCUCCAUCACCCAGUCCAGUUCUAGCUGCCCCCCACUCAUGUGUGAUGUCUUCAGGUCUCUGAGACACUUGGCAUGCAAACGCUUCCCAGGUGACCCUCAUGUUCAGUACUCAGCCGUUAGCAGCUUUGUGUUCCUGCGUUUUUUUGCUGUUGCUGUCCUUUCUCCACAAUCUUUCCAGCUGCGUCCCCAUCACCCUGAUCCGGAGAUUUCCCGCACGCUCACCCUUAUCUCAAAAACCAUCCAGACUCUGGGAAGCUGGGGCAGUUUGUCAAAAAAACUGUCCAGUUUCAAAGAAACCUACAUGUAUGACUUCUUCAAAUCAUUCCAAGAAGACAAGUGUAUCGAAAAAGUCAAAAAGUUUCUUGACGAAAUCUCCUCAAAUGUCAGUAAGGAGUCCAGUGGACUUGAGGACGCUGUGGUUCUCAAGGAGGGGGAAGUACAGAAACGUGGUCAGGGGAAAAAACGCCUUGGCAAGAGGAGCUUUAAAAAGAGAUGGCUCAGAGUGACCAACAGGGAACUCUCCUACCACAAACAUAAAGGGAAAGAGGCCCUCUGCACCAUCGAUGUCAAAAAUAUCCAGGCCGUGGAGAAGCUGGAUGAAAGUGCCUUUAACCGCAAAAAUAUGUUUCAGGUGAUCCACUCCGACAAGCCUCUGUAUGUUCAGGCGGGAAAUUGCGUGGAAGCCAGUGAGUGGUUGGAGGUCUUGAGCCAGGUCAGUCGUUGCAACGAGGGACGCCUGGCCACGUUCCAUCCGUCAAAUUACACCGGUGGAGCCUGGCAGUGCUGCAAAAGUCAGAGUAGUAAUGUUCCAGGCUGUAAACCCUGCACAACCACCAUGCUGGCCAAUCUGCAGCUGGACAUAGACUGCGACAGGGAAACUGAGAGAAUUUUCUCCCUCCUCUCCUCAAACCACACAAAGCUCCAGAACAUGGAGGAUGCAUGUGCUGCUCUGGCAGUGUACCAGGGCCCCCAACGGGAUCAGGAGGAAUAUUCCAAGUUCACCAUUCAGGAACCCAAAGAGACCUUUCAGACGCUCAAACAGCUCCGAAACGUCAUGGAGGAGCUGAGGAUACAGCACGACAUCAGGAAUGACCCCACAGCGCAGUAUGGCAGCCUUGACAACCCCAUAGUGGGGAAGACCUCUUAACCUGGCAGGAAGGCGUUACCUAACUGGUCCUAAAGGAGCCCAGGGAGUGGUCAUAGCAAGAAAGGCCACUGUGUGAGUGGCAGAACGAUUCGCCCUGACCUCCACAUGUCAUGGAGUCCACUAUAGCAGUGACAGCUGCUGGGAACAGAACAAGCGUGUGAGCUUUUUCCUGGAUCACUCCUCGAUCCUUUAAAUGAACGACCCUUAGAUGUUGUCCGUUUGUUUGUGUUUAUUAGUUUAUUUUGGGCAGUAUGUCAUCUCCUCCCCCUCCUCUGCAUUGGGUCGCUUACAAAGGGACUCAUUUUACUUCUUAAUUUAUGUCCCAUGUUUACGUCUACAGGUGUUUGAAAAAGGGUUUAAUUAGAUGUGUGAAUAGGCUGCUAAUUUUUUUAUUCACUCAGUUUUAUAUGAUGGCUGUGAUGAUGCUCUCCCACCUUUUAGGAUCUUUAGAGUGAAGAGUCAUGAUUGUGGAGGAUGGUCUUCUAUCAGUGCCCCAUACAAUCUUUUAGCAGCCCUACUCUUAUGAGCGUCUCUGUGUGUGUGUGUGUGUGUGUGUGUGUGUGUGUGUGUGUGUGUGUGUGUGUGUGUGUGUGUGUGUGUGUGCGUGCGUGUGCGUGUACAUACAUAUGUAUAUGUAUGUAUAUAUGUGUAUAUAUGUAUAUGUAUGCGUGUAUAUACACACAUACACAUACAUAUAUACAUAUAUUUUCAAUGUACAUUUAAGUCGAUAAAACCAAUCUGCCUUAUUUUGACAGAUGUUUUCUUUCACAUUAAAUGCUGAGGGAAUAAUGAAGAAGCACUUUAAAUAUUUGGAGCACUCCAAAUGGAAAUGAUUAGAUACUUGGUAUCAGCGUGCCCCAUUUUGAUCAGUUCCAUGAUCUCUAGUACAUAUUUGCCUUGUCAAUAACGUUUAUAGCCUGUAGAUUUUAAAAUAUUUUUCUUGACCAAAGACUAUUUCAUAGGUUUGAACCUGGACUUGAAAAGAAAUAAUGUAUUUUGACUACAAAUGUUUUAAAAUGGAGACAAAUUCUAUAUAUACCUGUUUAUGUGUAUGUCUUUGCUAACAUAUCCUUUUCUUUUUAGUGACUUUGAGGCAGUUUGUAUGCAUUCAGUUUUGAAUCCUGAUAGCACGACUGUGGUGAAGACUUGUAUUUCCCUGUGAUUGUGAAUUGUAUCGGUACGGUGUACAUCAGAUCUGUGCUGUCAUUUUGAGAGCCUCCCAGCAUAAUUAUAGUGGCUUUUGUAGGAGACUAUGGGUGACAUGCAGAGAGGGAUCAAGCAGAAUAACAAAUUACCCCUGUCACCCCUAAAUUAGUCCAGACAAUCCCAGCAACCGCACACAUUAUAUCCUCUUUCUUUGCUUUCAUCUUUCAAACCAGCAACACUCCACAGCUCCAUUUGUUGUACUUAAUGCUUUUCAAAGCAUUUUUUGGAUAUGUGGCAAUCUCUACCCUUGUGUUAAAGAUUAGAACUUUUCCACUGCUCUUAAUGUGUAUGGUAAACAAGAGGUUUAGUGAUACAUUAUACAUAAUGCAUAAUACACAUUGUGAUAGUAAUGCAUGCAAUCAGACUCUUAAAGUGACUGAUAUUUCAAGUGCAUCCCACAGGAGAAGGGCAGCAAUACGUCAGAGAAAUUAAAAGAAACUAGUCUAUGUCCUGUCAACAUUGGUGAAAAAUACAGGUUAACUGAGCCAGCAUUAAUCUUUGAAACAUUUUUAUUUGAGUUACGCAAUAUGAAACUGAUACAAGCAAGAAAAAAAUUAAUCUCGUAAGAUGUAUUUUUCACUUUUUGAACAAGGACAGCGAAGUGUCGAAGAAACAAAAGAAACUUGAAAUUAUUUAAGUUAAAGAGUUAAAAAGUUGAGCGUUGGUUUUUGGAUGGAAAUAAGUAGUUUUUGCAAGUUUGCUCUUUGGUCCAUCAUAUAUUUCUAAUGUGCAUGGUGUGUAACAAUGUAUGUUUUCUUUGACUAUGUUUUUGUAUUUUUUUUAAUCAGGGAUUGAAUGUGUUGCUAUACUGGUAUGGUACCUUUUUCUUUGUCUGCUUGCUGACUAUAUGUGACUGUAGCUGCUGCCAUAUUUCCUCAAAAAACGUCAAUUUGAUACAUUUCUGAGGCCACACCUCCCAAAAAGCCUGUUGUUCUCUGAUUGGUCAGCUCCAAGCAGGCUCCGCCCCUACACAUUUGAUCCCAGACCUCCGAGGUUCUGCUGGUGAAGUAGACACACUCAAGAAAGGGGAGGGGCCUAAAAGGCAGCAUUUAAUAGGGUGUGGAAUUGGUUUAUGCCCCUUAGUGCAGGAUCAGUUAUCAACAUUUUUCAGUUAUUUUUUCAGGAAAUGACAAACUCUACUCAUCUCUACAAAAUGACUUUUUUUUGUCAUUGUUGAUGUAUAAUUCAAGAUGUACGCCUAAACAUCACACCAAUAUUAUUGGUGAAUAACAUUGGAAUAUAGUUUGUGAUGUUCCACCAAGCUGCAGCUGCCAAUGACCGCAUUCAUAUGCAAGCAAGAGCCAAAAUACAAAUGACUGAUUCGACCAGAACAAAUUUCAACAACAUCUGAAUCAGAACUAACAACAGUAGAGCAUUUUUGCUGUACACUGCAUAAUCUUGUAUGCCAACACCAUUCCCUCUUUUGAUAAGGCCAGUAAAAAUAUUAGUUGAUUAAUGUGUGCUCAUUUUCAUAUGAAUGUAAACAUUUGGGUUCAUUCCAUUGGGGUUGUAUCUGCUUUAAUAAGGGAAUUUCUUCUAUUUGUUAUUCCAAUAUUGGCACAUUGCACUAAAAUAAAUGGAUGUCAGGGACGCGGCAUUUUGAUUUUCACAUGUUGGACUGGCCAAUUUCAUCUCCUAAUAUUACCAAAUUGAAAGGGAUAUGUUCAUACUUGCGUUGAAGCUUCAGAUGGAUAACUUCAAUCCAGGUAUUAGCCGACACACACCGUCGGAUGUGAGUUUCAGAACACCUUGUAUUAGGAAAUUACCAAAAUGUUUGUGUUCAUGCAGAAAUUAAAUUGAUUUCAAAGUCUGUAACAGUUUAUUCAAAGCUCAAGAACAACAUGUUAAAUUGCCAGUCUUCGUCCUGCCAAUCACAUGCCUCUGUCAUGGCAGAGCAAGAUUACAAAAGAGACUCUGAGAGCUUUGUAAGAUUAUUUUUUUAUUCAGCUUCCUGUCCAGUGUAUAGUGAGUAGUUUCAGAAUGUGGUGAUCUUCACAUCUACAGCUUCAGUACAAUGUCUGUUCUUUUUAUACAAACUGGAACUUUUUUUAAUGGUCUUUCCUGUGUUUGUUCACAAUAAACACUUUGCCAAUUU